AUGGCGGAUGAUUUGCUGAAUAUUUAUUUUGAAGCAGAAAAACUGGAAAAAUGUGGUGAAAAUGGAGAAGCACUAGGGUUAUAUACUCGGUUUAUCGACAGUAUUACUAAGACAGUCAACUCUGGACCCAAAAACCUCACUGACAAUGAAAGGAAACAUCUAGCAUUAGCAUACAAUAAUCGAGGUUUUUUAAGAUAUCUGACAGUAGAUUUUGAUGGAGCUAUAGAGGAUUAUACACAUGGAUUGAACUUUGACCCAAAGAUAUAUUUCAGUUAUUAUAAUAGAGGGUUGAUACAUUACAGAUUAGGUAGAUAUAAAGAAGCAAUAGAAGAUAUGGAGAGUUGUUUGGAACUAAAAGCAGACUUUGAAUCUGCUCAGAAGUGUCUGAAGCAAUCUGUGAUAGACUUUAAUAGAAUUAAGGAAAAAGGAACUUCCUGAUAGUGAUGCCAGGAAUUCUUAGUGUCACUUCAUAUGUGUAUCAUCUUCAUAAUAUCAAGCUAUUACGUACUUCGUCU